CGCCUCGUGACGGUAUUUUCUCUCUCUAGAGCUUUCUCUCUUUCUCUCUCUCUACAAUUUUCGCAUUUGUCUUCCAGUCUUUGGAUCCAUGUCUUUUUGGGCUUCCCUUUGCUUUAACUUUUUCCUGCUUAGCUGUUGUUCUUCCUCAGAUUUCAAUUUUAAGACCAGUGGUAAAUACUUCACUGUCAAAGCCAUAACGUUCUUCUCCCCAACUUCAUAGACCUCCCACCCUCUCUCUCUUUUGUUCUCUCUUACUCUCUCUCUAAACUGCUUGUUCACUCUUUUCAUCACACCCAACUUAGUGCAGAGAGAGAGUCUCUCUCUAUCUAAACUGCUUAUUCACUCUUUUCAGCACACCCAACUUAGCGCAGAGAGAGAGGGAGAGAGAAUGGGUUGAUUUUGGUAUUGCAGAAAUCAUGGGUCCAUGAGCAAAGAGUUGGGUGUUUAUGGGUCUGUGAGAGAGACUGGAGAGAGGUUUCUAUAGGAGUUUGAAGGAUUUUUCUGCUUGUUCUAAUUGGUGGGGCUUCAUUAAUGGAGGCAGAAGGUAGAAGUACUCUGGUUUUUGGGGUUCAUUUAAUUGCUGGUCUCCUAUAUUUGGGAUUUUGGGGGCAAGUCAUGAGUGAGAGUGGCACAAAUGCUAUAUAUAUUGUCACACUAAAGCAAGCUCCAGUGGCCCAUUAUUCAUCUGAGAUGAAAUUUAGUAGCACUGGUCAUGAAAAUGAGGCCAAGGGAACCUUGAAUAAUCUUCAAAAACCAAGGAAUGGUUCAAUAUCUGAUCAGCAUUAUGGGUCCUAUCUAGUUAGGCUUCAGGAUUCACUGUUGAAGAGGGUCCUGAAGGGGGAGAACUACUUGAAGCUUUACAGUUAUCAUUAUUUGAUUAAUGGCUUUGCUGUACUUCUCACUCAGCCGCAGGCAGACAAGCUCAUAAAAAGAAAAGAGGUUGCAAAUAUUGCUCUGGAUUUCUCUGUUAGAACUGCAACAACGCACACACCAGAGUUCUUGGGUCUUCCCAAAGGAGCUUGGAUAGAAGAAGGGGGCCCUGAGCUUGCUGGAGAAGGAGUAGUGAUUGGAUUUAUCGACACGGGCAUUGAUCCAACACACCCGAGCUUUUCUGAUAACUUAUCAGACACCCCAUAUCCAAUUCCACCUCACUUUUCUGGUGUAUGUGAAGUGACCAGAGAUUUCCCUUCUGGUUCUUGUAACCGCAAACUCGUUGGAGCUCGCCAUUUUGCUGCUUCAGCAAUAACCAGAGGGAUCUUCAAUGCUACUCAAGACUAUGCUUCACCUUUUGAUGGCGAUGGCCAUGGAACGCAUACGGCUUCCAUUGCAGCAGGGAACCAUGGGAUUCCUGUUGUAGUAGCUGGGCAUCACUUUGGGAAUGCUAGUGGCAUGGCUCCUCGUGCACACAUUGCAGUUUACAAGUCUCUGUACAAAAGCUUUGGGGGUUUUGCUGCCGAUGUGGUUGCAGCCAUAGACCAGGCAGCUCAAGAUGGAGUGGAUAUAGUGAGCCUUUCAAUAACUCCAAACAGACGGCCACCUGGCCUUGCUACUUUCUUCAAUCCAAUAGAUAUGGCAUUGCUGUCAGCUGUGAAAUCUGGAAUAUUUGUUGUCCAAGCAGCUGGUAAUACAGGGCCUUCACCCAAAAGUAUCUCUUCUUUUAGUCCAUGGAUCUUUACUGUGGGUGCAGCAGUUCAUGAUAGGAUAUAUAGUAAUUCUGUACUUCUCGGCAACAAUCUGACAAUCCAAGGAGUUGGUCUAGCACCUAGAACAGUGGGUGACACAUUCAACACUUUGGUAUCUGCAACUCAUGCAUUAAGCAAUGACUCCAUCGGUACAAGGGACAUGUACUUAUCAGAGUGUCAGGAUUCAAGUCAAUUGAACCCAGAUUUAAUUCGAGGGAACCUCUUGAUCUGCAGUUAUUCAAUCCGUUUUGUGUUGGGACUCUCCUCCAUCAAGCAGGCUCUCCAAACAGCAAAAAAUGUCAGUGCAGUUGGGGUGGUUUUCUACAUGGACCCUUUUGUUCUUGGAUUUCAGCUCAACCCAACUCCCAUGAAUAUGCCUGGCUUAAUAAUUCCAUCUCCCAGUGAUUCGCAGGUCUUUCUCAAAUAUUAUAACAAUUCAUUGGUUAGAAAUGAGUCCUCAAACUCAAUUUUGAAGUUUGGAGGCAUGGCAAGAAUUUUAGGGGGACUAAAAGCAAAUUACAGUAAUUCGGCUCCAAAAGUUGUUUACUAUUCUGCAAGAGGGCCUGACCCAGAAGAUAACAUGCUCGAUGAUGCUGAUUUUAUGAAGCCAAAUUUGAUCGCCCCUGGAAAUCUCAUAUGGGCUGCUUGGAGUUCUUUGGGGACUGACUCUAUGGAAUUUGAAGGCGAGAGUUUCGCAAUGAUCUCAGGCACGAGUAUGGCGGCUCCUCAUGUGGCAGGCCUUGCAGCCCUUAUAAAACAAAAGUUCCCAACCUUUGGGCCCUCGGCCAUAGGCUCCGCCCUCUCGACCACUGCCUCUCUUUUGGACAAAUGGGGUGGCCCCAUCAUGGCUCAACGUUCAUAUAGCAAUCCAGACUCAAACCAGUCACCUGCCACCCCAUUCGAUAUGGGAAGUGGGUUUGUUAAUGCAACUGCAGCUCUCAAUCCUGGCUUGAUCUUUGAUUCCAGUUUUGCUGAUUUCCUUGCCUUCCUGUGUGGCAUAAACGGCUCAAGUCCUGUGGUUCUGAACUACACUGGUGAAGCUUGUGGCCCGAACACCAUAGGUGGACCUGAUCUUAACCUCCCAUCCAUAACCAUUGCAAAGCUGAACCAGUCAAGAACAGUCUAUAGAACAGUAACUAACAUCGGUGAUAAUGAAACUUUUACUGUGACAUGGAGCAACCCAUUUGGGGUCUCUCUCUCUCUAACUCCCACCACCUUCUCUCUAGCCCAAAGGCAGACUCAGAGCUUAACUGUGUCAAUGGUGGCCACCAUAAACAGCACGUCUCCUAGCUUUGGGAGGAUAGGGCUUUAUGGAAGUCAAGGCCAUGCUGUAUCGGUUCCAGUGUCCGUUAUUUCGACGGUCUCGAUGAGUGGUGCUAACCCAUGAACAGAGAAGCUCCGAAAAGUUUGCGUAAAUUCUUACCUUGUCUAUGAUUACUUACACCUUACCCUUCUUCUCCCUCUUCUCUCUUUUUUCUUUUUUGAAUGUAUUUUUUCUCUUUCUGAAUGUAAAAUGCUGAAGCGUUUGUUUGUGAAUGUAUACGAAUUGAAUGAAUGGAAUAAGUGAUUAUUUUUUGUAUU